AUGCAAGCUAGAGCAUUACUAGACAGUGGCGCUCAGCUUUGCUUCAUUUCGGAACACACGUCACAAAGUUUGAAGUUCAAACGGUCACGCGAAGCACUUUCUAUUAGUGGUAUUGGUCAAGCUGCAAAAAAGUGCAAGCAAUCCAUCUUCGCUCGGGUUCGCUCUCGUAUCACUUCCUUCGCUGGGGAGGAAGUAUUCUACGUACUUCCACAAGUUACGUUGAAUUUGCCCAUUCGGAAGAUUGAUUCAUCAAGGUUGGAUCUUCCGGAGGAUAUCGUACUCGCCGAUCCACUUUUCAACGAGCCUAGCAGCGUUGAUGUGAUUAUUGGAGCAGGACUUUUCUUUGACCUGCUGCGCAACGAGAAAAUCAAGCUCGGGGAUAAUGGACCUAUUGUACAAAACACUUCCCUUGGCUGGAUAGUUUGUGGAAAUCUUCCUGACGAGUCGAACGUGCUCAGACCACACGUUCCCAACACGUGUACGGAGAACUUGGACGAGUUACUCACUCGUUUCUGGGAAUUGGAGUCGUGUAAAACGGACAGCGUACUAUCGUUAGAGGAAUAUGCCUGCGAGAAGCUGUUCGACCGUACUUCAGUCCGAGAAGCAUCUGGAAGGUUCAUUGUAACGGUUCCAUUCAUUCAACAACUCGGAGAUUCUCAGUCCACGGCAUUGAAACGCUUUCUUUCUCUCGAGCGUCGUCUGGAUGGUAAUGCCGAAUUGAAGCAGAUGUACAGUGACUUCAUACUCGAAUAUCUGCGUAUGGGACAUAUGGAGGAGGUGCUGGAAAACGAAGAGGACGCUGCUAUGCCACAGUACUUCAUUCCACAUCAAGCCCGACAGCACAACUACCAAGUUGCGGGUAGCGUUUGA